CAGUGUUUCUGCCCAAAGUCCACCACUCAGCACCAUGCCUGUCGACUUCAAUGGGAGAUGGCUGAUGGAGACCAACGACAACUUUGAGGACUUCAUGAAAGUACUGAACAUUGACUUAGCCACGCGCAAGAUUGCCAUCCACCUCUCUCAGACCAAGGUCAUUAUCCAGGAUGGGGACAAGUUUGUGAUUAAGACCCUCAGCAUCUUCAGGAAUUACGAAAUGAGCUUCACGAUCGGAGAGGAGAUUGAGGAGUACACUAAGGGCCUUGACAACCGGGUGGUUAAGACCCUGAUCACCUGGGAGGGCGAUAAGUUGGUGUGCACACAAAGGGGUGAGAAGGCCAACCGUGGAUGGAAGCACUGGUUAGAGGGAGAUAAACUACACAUGGAGCUGUUUUGUGAGGGAGUAGUUUGUCAUCAAGUGUUUAAGAAACAAGCUUAGUGGUCGCACUCCAUGGUCACUGGAAAAUAACUGUAUUGACCCUUUUUAUCAAUAAAGAAACCACUGAAUAUAUCCUUA